GGCUGCCGCUGCUGGUCCACCGGGGAGAGCGCAGGAGCCGCGCAUCCGAGAGCCGCCGUGGGGCCCGGUCGGCCGUGCAGGCCAUUGCCAUGAGUGGGAAGUCACUGCUGCUGAAGGUGAUUCUCCUGGGUGAUGGUGGUGUGGGGAAGAGCUCCCUCAUGAACCGCUACGUCACCAACAAGUUUGACUCUCAGGCAUUCCACACCAUUGGGGUGGAGUUCCUCAACCGGGACCUGGAAGUGGACGGGCGCUUCGUGACCCUCCAGAUUUGGGACACGGCAGGCCAGGAGCGUUUCAAGAGCCUGCGGACCCCUUUUUACAGAGGGGCGGACUGCUGCCUGUUGACCUUCAGUGUUGAUGACCGCCAGAGCUUUGAGAAUCUGGGCCACUGGCAGAAGGAGUUUGUCUGUUACGCCAACGUGAAGGAUCCAGACCAUUUCCCUUUCGUUGUGCUGGGCAACAAGGUGGACAAGAUAGAGAGGCUGGUGACCACCGAUGAAGCCCAAGCCUGGUGUUUAGAAAAUGGAAGUUACCCCUACCUGGAGACCAGUGCCAAGGACGACACGAACGUGGCCAUGGCCUUUGAGGAAGCUGUUCGACAGGUGUUGGCUGUGGAGGAGCAGUUGGAGCACUGCAUGCUGGGCCACACCAUUGACCUUCACUCCAACUCCAAGUCAGGGUCUUCGUGCUGUUGAGAGCAACAGAGACCAGAGCCUUGAACCAGGCGUCACGCAGUAGAGGCUCUGGAGGAGGCCCUUAGAAUGUAGCCAGCAAGGGGCAGGCAGGUUGCCCUGGGACCGCUGGAGGUAGCCAUUCCUCUUCCUUAGCAUAACUGAUGCGUUGGGCUCGAUGCCAAACCGAAUAGAAUUAUAGUUUGUAGUAUGGGCUAGAGCUGCCAGUGAGAAGACAAGUGUGCGGCAAGCACUCUAGACAUUCCACAAAGUAUUUUAUGAACUGGAAAAUUAUAUUCUGCCACCCUUCAGGGUGUUCUAAGGUGGCAGGGGGGAGCCCAGCAAGAGAGAGAAAGAAGAAUCUGAGCCUUGAACCAUUCUGAUGGUGCAGAGCAAAGGAGUGACAACCCCACAAUUUGGCUUUGUGAUAUGGGGCCAAAUAGGAGCAAAAGAUUCGAGAGAGGGAGGGCUGUUAGAGGGGAGGCUUAGGGCCUAUGCGUAUAUGUGUGUGCAUAUGUACACCCAAGAGACAGUGCUUGGGGGUAUAGUUGCAGUUUGACACCUGACAGGGCAGUAGUGGGGUAGUGUUGCCUAAAGCAGACAAUAGACACUCCUACUCUUUUGUCUCCCACCCCACCUUGCCCUUUAUCACUUGUGCUCUCUGUUGUGCUAUGGGAGGCACCAUCCUCUUCCAGUCUCCCUGAAGCACUUUGGGAAGAGAAUGGCUGUAGUGAGCAACCCUCAGUGGCCCCCAUUGCACACUGGAUCAUUGAAGAGGGAACGGUGAGUGUGCAUGUGGCAGCCUCUGGGUAUCACUCCUUGCCCUGUUUGUGGAGGAGAUGAGAUGCCUGCGCAUCUCCCUUGCCUGGAUGUGCUGCUUAUCUACCCAGAGCUUGGGGCAGCCCUACAUGGAGCCUCUGCUUCCCCUCUCAGAAAGGACGGCCAGAUUUUCCUGGCAAGGAAUUGAAUUCCCAAUGUGGAUCUUUAUGGCUGUCCCUAUGCCGAUUUCCCAGGGUCCUCCUUUCUCUGAUAGGAAUAGAAUGGUCAGGGGUGCUUUAAAGGUUCUUCAGCAGCUGGAUUUCUUAGUGGUGUUUGAAACAGACUCCAUGUCUUCUCCAGUUUAGGCUGGGAGUUUACUUUCUUUCCAAACAUGGAGAACUAACUAAUUUCCCUAGAGGAUAAAGAGUUGAGGCAAUUAAAACUUUUUUCAUGACCAGCUUCCUUUCUGACAUUGGUUUGGUCUUAGGUAGGCUAUGAUGAGAGGGGGAUGCUCCAGUCACUUGCUGUGAUCUUAGUCUGGGGGCAACUCUCAAGUGGUUUUGAAAGUGGGUGGGGUUUAGACAGAACGUUCCAGAGGGGUAGAAGUGUUAGUCUACUAUAGCAAAAUAAAACAGAAGUCUAGAGGCACCUUUCAGAUCAACAUGCUGGAAUAAAUGUUGUUAGUAUUCCAGGUGCCAUUGCUCUCUUGUUUUAUAUAGGAAAUGAGUUACAGCCCAUGAAUUGGUUUCAGUUCACUUGCGUUAGCUGCAUUUCCCCCACAGCCAUAAAUUACAGCUAAUGCAGUGGAGCAGAAAUGCAGCAACUGUCCUGGGGAGAGUUAACCUGCCAAGACCCCACAACAGCUGUGAGGGUCGCAGCCAUGGAGGGGCUCCCUUCUUGCCAUACUCUGCUAAGCAGCAGGUGCAUUUGCUUGGUAACUGUUAACUUGAUGUCCUUUCUGCUUUACUCUGCACUAUUCAUGCCAUAAAUCAGCCAUUAAAAAUGCUAAAUGAUAGGCGUGUGCCCUCUGCAGGAAUUCCUGGAAACUGUAUCCCAUCCUUGCAUGGAAGAAUUUGCUUGUAGGUGCAAAGCUAUUGCAAUUUUUGCUUGAAAGAGGUGAGACCAGAGAACCUUUCCUGCUGCAAAUAAAUGGGAAUUUUGCAUAUGUGAAUACCCCUCUCCGACCCCGGAGGGUGCUGACUGCUUGUCCUUUGUUUUCUUUGCUCUUAGUAAUUGGUUCCCCACGUUCAGUGCUUUGACAUUCCCAGUUGCAAUUGGGAGCUCAAAAGGACAAGUUUCUGAAGGGGUCCGGGUGAGGGCAAAACCUCUUUCUUGCAGACCUUGUUGGUACUAUUUGAUGCAUGCAACCUCAGGGCUGUGACUAGUGAUGUUUCCCGCUAAAGAAGGGAGGUGAAAGGAGGUGAUUGCUAUGGGGCUACCCUGGGUACCAGGGACAAUGCACAUUAUGAAUUGUCCAGAGAGCUUUUAUGCAAAUGUAACUGUGUGCAUUAAUACUCUGUUAAGUCAGAAGCAUAUGUUUUGGCACUUUCAACUACUAGAUGUUUCCUUUUAUGUUCAGAUCCAAUACUUUGUUGGGCCUGUGUGUUUUUUACUUUCUUUUUUUUUAAAAAAAACCUGUCGUUUUUAGUACUUAAUAGCUUAUUUCAGAGAGCAACCAAUGUCUGCUGGGAAACAAAGAGAUAUUUGGCCAGGCCUCAUUCCCAACUGCUUGCUUCCCUGUCCAGACAUUCUCUUCCUCUCUCUCAGACUCUCCCAGGGUGCUCCAGCACUUUAGAGGGGCCAGGAAUAUAAAGAGACAAGACUGAGACUUGCUGAAGCUAAUAAAAUGUGAAUGUAUUUAAGGGAA